CUUCGUCUCUUCGGGCUAAACCGACAGUUUGCAAAGGAGGGGUCAAUGGAAGGGCCCCAAGGUGGCCAGCACAGGCCCCUCGGCGACUUCCCAGGUCGCACUCUCCAACAAAACUACCACCGGGCCGGCCGAACCAGCCGCCACGCCCCACUCCCCAGGCCUUUCCGGCCGCUGCGCCCUUUAACCCCGGAAGUGGGCGGGAGAGGAAAAGGCUGGUGAUGUUGGAACAAACAUGGCUGCUCUGGCGCCCCUCGGCUCUACCGGCUCUCGCCGUCCUCGGCUGGCCGCGGGCCUCCGGCUGCUCCCGAUGCUGGGGUUGCUGCAGUUGCUGGCCGAGCCUGGCCUGGGCCGCGUGCAUCACCUGGCACUCAAGGACGAUGUGAGGCAUAAGGUUCAUCUGAACACCUUUGGAUUCUUCAAGCAUGGCUAUAUGGUGGUUAAUGUCAGUAGCCUCUCAGUGAAUGAGCCUGAAGACAAGGGUGUGAUUAUUGGGUUUAGCCUAGACCGUACAAAGAAUGAUGGCUUUUCAUCUUACCUGGAUGAAGAUGUGAAUUACUGUAUUUUAAAGAAAGAGUCUGUCUCUGUCACCCUUCUAAUCCUAGACAUCUCCAGAAGUGAGGUAACAGUAAAGUCUCCACCAGAAGCUGGUACCCAGUUACCGAAAAUCAUCUUCAGCAGGGAUGAGAAAGUCCUUGGUCAGAGCCAGGAGCCUAAUGUGAACCCUGUUUCAGCAGGCAGCCAGACUCAGAAGACACAAGACAGUGGAAAAUCUAAAAGAAGUACAGUGGAUUCAAAGGCCAUGGGAGAGAAAUCCUUUUCUGUUCAUAAUAAUGAUGGGACAGUGUCAUUUCAGUUUUUCUUUAACAUCAGCACUGAUGACCAAGAAGGCCUUUACAGCCUUUAUUUUCAUAAAUGUCUUAGAAAUGAAUUGCCGAGUGACAAGUUUUCAUUCAGCCUUGAUAUUGACAUCACAGAGAAGAAUCCGGACAGCUACCUCUCAGCAGGAGAAAUUCCUCUCCCCAAAUUAUACAUCUCAAUGGCCUUUUUUUUCUUUCUUUCGGGGACCAUCUGGAUUCAUAUCCUUCGAAAACGACGGAAUGAUGUAUUUAAAAUCCACUGGCUGAUGGCGGCCCUUCCUUUCACCAAGUCUCUUUCCUUGGUGUUCCAUGCAAUUGACUACCACUACAUCUCCUCCCAGGGCUUCCCUAUUGAAGGCUGGGCUGUUGUGUACUACAUCACUCACCUUUUGAAAGGGGCACUGCUCUUCAUCACCAUUGCACUCAUUGGCACUGGCUGGGCUUUCAUCAAGCACAUCCUUUCCGAUAAAGACAAAAAGAUCUUCAUGAUUGUCAUCCCACUCCAGGUCCUGGCAAACGUAGCCUACAUCAUCAUAGAGUCCACCGAGGAGGGCACGACUGAAUAUGGCUUAUGGAAGGACUCUCUGUUUCUGGUUGACCUGCUGUGUUGUGGUGCCAUCCUCUUCCCAGUGGUGUGGUCAAUCAGACAUUUACAAGAAGCAUCAGCAACAGAUGGAAAAGGUGGCAGCAUGGGACCUCUUCAGCAGAGAGCGAAUCUAAGAGCAGGAAGUCACAUAGCUGCUAUUAACUUAGCAAAGUUGAAACUUUUCAGACAUUAUUACGUCUUGAUUGUGUGUUACAUAUACUUCACCAGGAUCAUUGCCUUUCUCCUCAAGCUCGCUGUUCCAUUCCAGUGGAAGUGGCUCUACCAGCUCCUGGAUGAAACGGCCACACUGGUCUUCUUUGUUCUAACGGGGUAUAAAUUCCGUCCAGCUUCAGAUAACCCCUACCUACAACUUUCUCAGGAAGAAGAUGACUUGGAAAUGGAGUCUGUCGUGACAACAUCUGGGGUGAUGGAAAAUAUGAAGAAAGUCAAGAAGGUGACCAACGGCUCCGUGGAGCCCCCGGGCGAGUGGGAAGGCACCGUGUGACAGAGUCGACCUCGAGGAUGGCACUGUCCAAGGAAACUUUUAUUCAUAGCCCUAUUGGAGAGCGAGAGCAGCUCCUACAGUGAACUAUUGGCACUCCGACAGUGACACCAGGGCACGUGGCUGGGAGCACAGUGCCGCAGAAACCUGACUUUGUACUCUUCUUUUAUGGAAACUGGAUCUGUGGCUGGUUAGAGGCAGCCGGAGUCCUCCUUCAGGUGGGAGUGGGAGGAGGGGCACAGAGAGGAGGAGAGGAAGAGAAAAGGAAUUACUCAUUUUAAAUUUAGGUUUCUUUUUUUGUUCUUCAUUUGGAGGCUCUAAGGUAUAUGCAGUUGUGACCCCACGUGUUGGGCAGUGGUGAGGACAGCAGGUGGAGGGGCAGGAAGGUGUGAGGUGUCUGUCUGAUGCUUUAGGAAAUAUCUGUAAGGACACCGGGACUUAGGAAGGAGGAAGGGGAGAGGGUGCCGUUGCCUCUUCAGGAGACAAAUAUGAAUGAAAACAGGUGAUUUUUAGAAAGCAGAGUCAAAACCCAGCUUCAGAUGUAGCACCUGUCCCAGGAUUCCUGCCCUGAGCAUUGCCCAGACCCUGAGAGUGACUGGGACAGCCGCUCCUGAGGCCCAGUGGCCUUCUUUCCAACAGGAAUAGGAGGCUAUGAUGUCACUGUCAGGUCAUGCCUGUGGUACAGUCCAGGUGGUGGGAGGGGGUUUUCUGAUUUACAUGUUGCCUGAUGGAUGGAAAGAAACAUUUUUAAGCUCAAAAAGCAUUAGCCUCUGGAGUUCCGUAGACAUUCACUCCCUGACUGCCCAGAGCACCCCGUCUCAUUUCCCUUCACGCCUGUGGCUCUGUUUUGUGUGAUCAGAAUUUGGGAGGAAAUGGAAAGGAGUUUUCCUUAAGGAGCAGCUGGGGCACAAUAGGUCGUAUUUAAGCCAAUACUUAAGUCCAAGCAAAUCAUCCCCAUUAAAAAGCUGCUUGUGUAGGCUAGUAGGAUGUCUAAAUAGAUGAAUGCAACAGACUUGGUCCCCAUAGUCCAAGAGUAUGUAUGUGAAGAAAGGGAGCACGAUUCAACAGUUUCACUCAGGGAUUUGGGGAUGGUGAACUAUUCACAGAAACGCAGUGAAGUUCCCUUCCACACUUUGAGAGCCUGGGAAUGAACACAGAGCUGCCUAAAGUGAGCAGUAGUGCAGCUCAGAGAGAAAAGCAUUUGAAUAGUGGGACAAGCUCAAAAGGUCAUUUGUGACUGAGGGCUUAAAAGGAGACCAAAUCAUGGCCCCAUCAGGGAUGCUUCUUAAUGCCUAGGGGGCCAGCUAGGUAGGGUUGCUUCCAGAAGCUGGAGCCCACCCCUGCCUUGGCUUGUCGGAGAGCCAUACUUGUAGGGGGAACUGGGACUUAGCGGGUUGAUACUCGUGGUCUCUGGGAAUUGUUUUCUCAUCUUUGGCUUAGAAGGGUCAGUGAGAAACCACAGGGUAUGAGGUGGCACUCAGGUCACAGGUUUGGGAACCUGAAAAAGUCUCCAUUCAGAAAA